AUGGAUGAAACAGGCCUUUUUUGGAAGAGGAUGCCUUCGUAUACAUUCCUCUUCAAGGACGAAGUGAAGAGGCCAGGCUUUAAGGCUCACAAAGAUCAUGUGACUGUCAUCAUGGCUGGCAAUGCUGCAGGUUUUAUACUUAAGCCAGGCCUUAUUUAUAAAGCCAAUAAAAAAUUUAAAAAUACGGCUCUGUUGCCCGCGUUCUGGAUGCAUAACUCCAAGGCCUGGAUAACGAAAGCUCUGAGCCUUGAAUGGUUCCUCCAUUGCUUCAUUCCUCAGGUGAAGCUGUAUCUGGCUAAAAAGGGCCUACCCUUUAAGGUCCUUCUCCUGAUGGACUGUGCAGGAAGCCAUGCAACGGACCUGCAAUAUGACGGUGUGCAGAUAGAGUUUCUACCCCCGAACACUAUAUCUCUAAUUCAGCCGAUGGAUCAAGGUGUCAUUCGUGCCUUUAAGGCACUCUACACUCGCUCCACGAUGGAGGGCCUCAUCUCGGCAGUUGACGAAGCCAAUGACGAAUUCACCUUGAAAGCAUACUGGCGCAGUUACGACAUUGUCUCAUGUUUAUCUAAUAUUCAGCGAGCAUUAAAGGACAUGAAGAGUGAGUCCAUAAAUUCUAGCUGGAAGAAAUUAUGGCCGAACGUAGUGCACAACUAUCCAGGCUUCACUCCUGAAGAAGUUCAUCACUCAGCGGUGAGGCUGGCUCACAUCAUAAGGAAUGAAGGAUUUGUCGACAUGACAAAAGAAGAUACCAGCGCCCUUAUCGAUCGCCACUCGGAUCCACUGACCGAUGAAGACCUCCUUGAGAUGGAAAAAGUCUGCAAUUGGGGAAGAAAAGGAAGAGGAAGACGAAGAAGAAACUGA